AUGAAAAAGAGCCGGUCUUUAGGAAGUGGAUUAGACUGGAAAGGGAGAAUCUCUUGUGGCGAUGACACAGAGGAUGAGACUGAGCAAAGAUUUUCUUGCGAUGGAUCUGCUGAUCGCAGUGGAUUUGUUGUUCAAGAGGGCGUCAAGGAUUGUAGAACCAAUUUGCUCGAUCAAUAUCAAGAUCCUAUGCCCUCUGAUUCUGUUCAAAUGAAUUCAGACUUGGCAAAAAAUGAAUCAAUUUUUUCAAUUGGGGAUCCACAACUGUCAGAAAAAGAAGGCCUUGAUAAUGAUGAUAUCCAGUUAUCUUGUGCUGAUGAGUCUGGUCCACACACACCUCGAACCUUACCUGCUAUUGUAAAGUCGAAUUCUUUGCCGAACAUGAGUUCCCCUAAUCAAUGCUUGAGAUCCUUUUUUGUUCGCACUAGAUCAGCUGAGGAUCUGAACCUUUUAGAUUCAAGGAAGAAAGGCAUUCUGAUGCAUGAAGUGGGACCGCAGGUGACACAAAACCAAGAAAUAGAUGGUUGUGUAUCAAACAAUGACAAGAACACUUGUGAAAAUCCUGCUGAGAGUUAUAACUAUGUAGGUUCAGCAAAAGACUGGAUAAUACCCGUGGUUGAUGGGUUCAAUGUGGAGGAAACUGUUAAAGGAGAAUCUUCAUCUUGCCAGGGGGUGGAAUUACCAAACAAGGAUUAUAAAACAAAACGAAUUGAAGAAUGGGUCAUAGAUCUUCAGUACUGCAGCCCUUUGGAAGAGACAAAUGAAUUUUCUAUAUCAAAUGAUCCUGAGUUAAAGAAGGAUGGCGACACUGUCUUAGAGGGUCCAGCUGCUGCAAAGUUGGAUGGAAAGGCCAACCCUGGAAUGGAAGCUGCAAAGAGAUACAUAUCUUCUAUGAAUGCCACAGCCACGACAGCUCAGCUGACUAAUCUUGGGUUGGUUGUGAUACCGUUUCUCAGUGCUUUUGUUAGCCUCAAAGCACUUAAUUUAUCUGGGAAUGCCAUAGUGAGGAUUACUGCUGGUGCGCUCCCUCGGGGACUUCACAUUUUGAACCUUUCGAAAAACAAUAUUUCCACCAUUGAAGGACUGCGAGAUCUUUCAAGACUUCGUGUGCUUGACCUAAGUUACAAUCGAUUAUUAAGGAUUGGACAUGGCCUCGCUGCUUGUUCCUCCCUGAAGGAAUUGUACUUAGCUGGUAACAAGAUCAGUGAGGUUGAAGGUCUUCACCGCCUCCUGAAAUUGAAUGUAUUGGACUUGCGUUACAACAAAAUUUCUACAACCAAAUGUCUUGGUCAACUUGCGGCUAAUUACAAUUCUUUACAAGCUAUAAGCCUGGAAGGAAAUCCGGCCCAGAAGAAUGUAGGUGACGAACAGUUAAAGAAAUGCUUACAAAGUCUUCUUCCGCAUCUCACUUACUACAACAGGCAAUCUAUGAAAGUUGGCACACUGAAAGACACAGUCGAUCGUUCUGCUCGACUGGGCAUCAGUGCACAUCAAAUUGACCGCGGGCUCCGAGCUGAAUUGAAGGCUACCCGGAAGGGAACCCAUGGCGUUGCUUCUCACAAGGCAUCGACUUCAUCAGUUCAUGGUCGUAAAAGUCAAGCAGUUGCCUUGCCAAAACAAUCCAGAAGCAGGCAUGGACAUCUUCCGCCAAUUGGAACAAAGACAACAACUCAACGACGUGUAUUGAAUGAUUUCAGCAAGCUUCUGAGCUCUAAAACUAGUUUCUCUAUUGGUAGAAGCCGCAGUGAGGGAUCUCUGGGAGCUCUUUGA